AUGGGAUUUGUUAAAUUUUAUAAAACUCGUCUAAGUCCAAUUGUUACUAUAGCUGCACUUCUUUUUGGUAUUCAUAUAUCUUGGUGGUCUAUUCAACAAAAUCCAGCACUUGUUCCACCUUCUGAACGUCGUCGUCAUUUAUUAGGAUUUCGUAUUCCUUAUUUAUCGCCACCUGCUGUCGAUAAAGAUAAAAAAUAUUGA